AUGGCUAUACUGAUUCGGUAUACCCGAAAUACACCUUUGAUAAUUAUUGUUUGUGGGGGAUCAUAUAGAUGUGGCAAAUCUUCUUGUGGAGACUUGGAUACCGUUAUCACUCAUCCUGAUGGGGAAAGCCACAAAGGCUUUUUACCUAGGUACAUUCAAUAUUUGAAGGACAUCAACUUUCUGAGAGAGGAUCUUGUAUUUAGCAUGCAUAGCACUGGUGGAACAGAUUCUAGGGUUGACACAUACUUCGGUCUUUGCACACAUCCUGGACAAGAGCUGCGACAUCACAUUGACUUUAAGGUCCAAGUAUAUAGUCGUGGAGUGGAUUAAAAUGCGUUUAUACACUUUUUGAUUUUGUUAUCAUGUUAUUUUUAUUUUUUUGUAACUUUUUUAGUAUAACAUGUGAAUGAAUAUUAUUGUUGUGAUGUGUGGAUAUUGCUUUUUAGUUUAUCAUUUCAACAACAAUUUAAAAAAAUUUUGUUGAUUGUGUUUUCUCA